CGAUCACCAUAAACAUUCCUCUCCCUACACCAUUCCUCCUCACUUCAAUCCCAAAAACAUCUCACAUCUCACAUCAUGUCUCUCGGUCGCACAGUAAAGCUCAACACCGGCGCCUCCAUCCCUCAGUUGGGUUUUGGAACAUGGCAAGCCGAGCCUGGCCAGGUCGAGGCCGCCGUCUACGAGGCUCUCAAGGCUGGUUACAAGCACAUUGACCUUGCCAAGGUCUACGGAAACCAGAAGGAGAUUGCUCAAGCUUUCAAGAAGGCCUUCAGCGAGGGCAUCAAGCGCGAGGACAUCUUCAUCACAUCGAAGCUCUGGAACUCGCAACACAGGCCUGACGAUGUCGCGCCUGCUCUCGACGACUGCCUUGCCGAGCUCGGUCUUGACUACCUCGACCUGUACCUUGUCCAUUUCCCUGUUGCUUUCGACGAGCAGAAGGAUGUUCACCAGAACCUCUUCCCCCUUCGUGAGGACGGUGAUGUCAAGAUGCUCGACUCUGUCUCUAUUGUCGACACAUGGAGGGCUAUGACCAAGCUCGACAAGAAGAAGGCGCGCGCCGUCGGUGUUUCCAACCACACCCAGGAGCACCUCCAGGCUCUCAUUGACGGAACUGGUGUCACACCUGCCGCCAACCAGAUCGAGCGUCACCCUCGCCUUCUCCAGACCGACUUCAUCAAGUGGAUGGGCGAGAAGGGUAUCCACGUUACUGAGUACUCUGCCUUUGGUAACAACAUGGUUGGUGAGCCCCUGCUCAUCCAGCACAAGACCAUCAAGGAGAUCGCCGAUCGCCUCAGCGCUUCCCCUGCACAAGUCAUCCUCGCCUGGGCUCAGGUUGGCGGCCACUCGGUCAUUCCCAAGUCCGUCACUGCCAGCCGCAUUCGCGACAACUUCAAGGAAAUCGAGCUCUCCAAGGAGGACUUCGAGAAGGUCGAGCAGAUUGGCAAGGACGAGCCUCGCCGCUUCAACAUCCCCUACACUGCCAACAAGCCAAGGUGGCCCGUAAACAUCUUCAACGAGCCAGAGGAGAAGGAGGCUCCCCACAAGGUCGUGGUCAAGGCAUAAAUAUCCCAAAAGUAAUUCAAUAAUAGCGCGUAGACAAAACAUAGAAUCAAGUAAUCAUCACUUUUACAGCCAA